GGCUCUUGUUUUGAUUGUUUAUCAACAGCACGUGUAUAACUUGAGAGCGGUGCAGAUUUUUACUAAUAUUUAAGGAAAUGGAAUUGUUUACUGUACAAAGAUAUACAGAUGAUAAAUUAGGAGAAAACAGUAAUAAAGCUGAGGAUGAGAUUUUACAAAAACUACUACAAAAAGUAGAAAAGCGAAAAAGAAAACAUAAAGCAGCUAAGGUUGUGUCGGAAACAGUUCAACCACAAAUUACAGAAAAAAAGAGCAAAUUAAUUCAAGAUGAUAACACAAAUCAUGAGGAAUUAGAACGAAAUGAAUUUGCGUCAUCAACGGUAAGCAGCACAAAAGAUAUACAAGCUAAUAAUAAUGAUGUUGAUCCAACCCAUGUUGAGGAAAGUGAACAUCUAAAAAUAUUAGGUGAAGAUGUCGAUUUCAGUAAACGUCAGAAAGUGGAUAUGGUACUGCCACCAUGGUUAGCACAUCCUACUAUCAUAUCAACAAGUAUUUCAAAAAAAAUAAACGACACAAGUGCUACGAGUGAUGUGGUAGCGGAAUUAAGUUAUUUGUCUACACAUAUACGACAAUCCCUUAAGGAAAUGAACAUAACAAAUACAUUUCCAGUACAAUCAGCAGUUAUACCAUGGCUACUCGAAGCACAUGCCAAACCAUGGCCGUUUCGUCCGCGUGAUAUUUGCGUCUCGUCACCUACCGGCAGUGGAAAAACGUUAGCAUUUGCUGUGCCAAUUGUGCAACUGUUAGCCAACCGUGCACGUCGUAAGAUUCGUGCAUUAGUUGUUUUGCCUGUUACUGAAUUAGCACUUCAAGUGUAUAAAGUUUUUAAAAAACUGUGUGAUAAAACCGACUUGACCGUUUCCUUAUUGUCUAAGCAAGUUGCAUUUUCUACAGAACAAGAACAACUUGUUGAGUUAUAUAAAGGCGAAUAUCAUUCAAAAGUAGACAUUAUUAUCACUACGCCUGGUCGCUUGGUCGAUCAUAUACAUGGAACAAAAGGCUUUUGUCUAAAAUCCCUGAGAUUUCUUGUUAUAGAUGAGGCUGAUCGUAUUAUGGAUGCUGUUUUCCAAAAUUGGCUCUAUCAUCUUGAUAAUCACGUACGUGAGACAUCCGAUCAGUUACUUUCAGGACGUGUUGCACCACUUUGCUACAAUGAACUCGAACAAAUUGCUCUGACGCAACCACAAAAACUGCUUUUUUCAGCUACACUUUCACAAGAUCCCGAAAAAUUACAAAACCUGCGCCUGUUUCAACCAAAGCUGUUCACGUCUGUUUUAACCAAUUUGGAAGAGUUGCGUGAGAAGUUUGCCAGCAAUUUGCAAGAGCAAAAAGGCACGGAAGUACGUGGUGAAUUUAUUGGAAAAUACACUACACCGGCAGAGUUAUCGGAGAAAUACUGCAUAACUGAGGGUCGUCUUAAGCCUUUAACAUUAUAUUCACUUAUAAAAGAAAAUAAUUGGACAAAGUUCUUGUGCUUUACCAAUAGUGCUGCAUCUUCCACAAGGUUGGCUAUUGUACUUGAAAAACUCUGUGGUACUGAGCUAAUAAUUAGUGAUCUGUCUGCUGCCAUUAAUGCUAGUGAACGAUCAAAAAUUUUGAAUAAAUUCUCCAAAAAUAAAAUAAAUGGGCUUGUCUGUUCGGAUGCUUUAGCUCGUGGUAUCGAUAUACCUGACGUGGAUAUAGUAAUAUCUUACGACCCACCACGACAUAUUAAAACAUAUAUACAUCGUAUUGGACGUACAGCGCGCGCUGGAACACCUGGUACAGCUAUAACCUUACUUACCCAAAAGGAACUUGAUAUUUUCAACAAAACACUUAUUGAGGUUGGUAAAACAUUAACAGAAGAGAUUGUAGUGACUUCGAAUAUUGAAGAGGAAAAUGCUAAAAACUAUCAAGCGGCUUUGGAAGUGUUGCGACACAAACUUGAACUUGAGAAACACAACAAAAUGUUGAUGAAACAACGUGCCAAGGAUAGAGCAGUAAUGCAUAAAGAACCUGCAAAGAUGACAAUAAUGGAGAAAUUGCAAAUGAAAGCAACCGAAGACAUACAGGGCAAAGUUAAAGAAAAGCCAUUACCGAGAAGAAAAUUUACAAAAAAGGAUAAAAGAAAUAAAUAAACAUUUUGUUAAGAAACUUAUUCAAUA